AUGUCUGGCUCUACCUUGACGAGAGUGGGGCAUGCUCUGGCUAAGAUCUUGCGGAUUGAUUUGAACCCGAGUCAUUACCAAGUGAACGAACCAGAUGGAGUUCACACCUAUGUUGACCCAGAUCCUACUGCAGGGGACUGGAUCCGAGAUAUUACUCCGACUGGUGAACAGGUUACUCAGUAUAUCUAUGGACUUUUCCCUUUCUUGAGCUGGGUCCAAUUCUACAAUGUCCAGUGGCUUAUUGGUGACUUGGUUGCAGGCAUCACUGUCGGUGCCGUGGUCGUUCCCCAGGGCAUGGCCUAUGCUGAACUGGCUGAUCUGCCACCGGAAUACGGCCUGUACUCAUCCUUCAUGGGAGUCUUGAUCUAUUGGUUCUUUGCAACAUCAAAAGACAUCACCAUCGGACCCGUCGCAGUGAUGUCAACAUUGAUGGGUACGAUAAUCCUCAGAGUGCAAGCAAAGCACCCCAACCUCGAAGGCCCGGUUAUCGCAUCAGCUCUUGCAAUUAUCCUCGGAGGAAUUGUGACAGCCCUCGGCUUUCUUCGUCUCGGUUUCAUCGUCGAUUUCAUCCCCCUACCUGCCAUCACCGCUUUCAUGACCGGGUCUGCAAUAAAUGUAUGCGUUGGCCAAGUGAAGACGGUUCUUGGUCAAAAGGCACAUUUCUCGACUCGUGGUGCAACCUACAAAGUGAUAAUUAAUACUCUAAAAUAUCUCCCGUCUACUCGAAUGGAUGCGGCAAUGGGCCUCACAGCACUGGCUAUGCUAUAUGCAAUCCGUGCAGCUUGCAACUAUGGCCGGAGAAAAUACCCUCACCGAGCGAAGACUUUCUUCUUCCUCUCCACUCUGCGCACAGCUUUCGUGGUUCUUUUCUAUACAAUGAUCAGUGCUGCUGUAAACAUUAAUCGACGAGGUCAUCCUGCUUUCAAAGUCCUUGGAAAUGUUCCUCGGGGAUUCAAACACGCUGGGGUUCCCAAGAUCGACUCUGAUAUUAUCAGUGCAUUCGCAAACGAGAUUCCUGCUGCCGUCAUCGUAUUGCUCAUCGAACAUAUCGCGAUAUCCAAAUCAUUUGGCCGAGUCAAUAACUAUACAAUUAACCCCUCUCAGGAAUUCAUCGCGAUUGGGAUCUCCAAUCUACUCAGCCCUUUCCUAGGAGGGUUCCCUGCCACCGGCUCUUUUUCUCGCACCGCAAUCAAAGCAAAAUGUGGAGUUCGUACCCCAUUUGCCGGUGUCAUCACGUCUGUCGUGGUCCUUCUUGCUAUUUAUGCCUUACCAGCUUUGUUCUGGUAUAUCCCAAAGUCCUCUCUAUCCGCUGUGAUUAUCCACGCGGUCGGCGAUCUCGUCACGCCUCCAUCGACGGCCUAUCAAUUCUGGCUCGUAUCGCCUAUUGAUUGUAUGAUAUUCCUGUCUGGUGUGAUAGUUAUCAUCUUCACUUCGAUUGAAAUCGGAAUUUAUUGCACCAUCUGCAUUUCUCUGGCAGUUCUUCUGUUCAGACUGACCAAAGCCAAAGGUCACUUCAUGGGGCAGGUGGAGCUAGAAUCUAUUGUUGGAGAUGAUUUGACAAAGAACGCAUACUAUGAGCAUAUUUCUGGAACCAGAAUGGCCUAUCUUCCCAUUUCACGGACCGACGGAACCAACCCCAAUAUCAAGAUUCAGCACCCCGCGCCCGGCGUUUUCAUAUAUCGCCUCUCGGAGGGUUUCAAUUAUCCAAACGCAAAUCAUUACACCGAUUAUCUUGUGGAUCAUAUUUUCAAGAAUACCCGCAAGACUGAUAUGUCUCUGGAUGCCAAUCUAGGCGAUCGACCGUGGAAUGACCCCACCCCUGGCGGACAAAAGGUCGAGGACGAAGACACUCGAAACGCCCGCCCGACUCUCAAGGCAAUCAUCCUAGAUUGUGCUUCCGUUAAUAACGUCGAUGUGAGCUGUGUUCAGACAUUGAUUGAUGUUCGUAAUCAGCUCGAUCGUUAUGCGGCCCCCGAGAGGGUCGAGUGGCAUUUCGCCCACCUGCACAACCGAUGGACAAAGCGUGCUUUGGCUGCAGCAGGCUUCGGCGUUCCCACACCCGCAAUUUCGAGAGACGGCGAAUGGAAAGCGAUUUUUAGUGUCGCGGAAAUUGAUGGAGACGCUUCUGUUGUCAAAAACACAGCACUUGCAGACGACCUGGAGAUCGGUCUACAGAAAGAACCUGCUAGUACACUUGCCAUGAAGCGGGAUUCGGAUGACAAGUCAACUACAGAUGACGGCGACAUACAAGUUGCUGGUGAUAGAUCUCCUAAAGUGACUCGGCGAUCUAGAGCUGUUGUAGAAGCUGUGAACCGACCAUUUUUCCAUGUCGACUUGACUAGUGCCCUGCAAGCUGCAACAUCUCAAUCUUAG